CUCUCCUUUGACAGCUCGGGCUGGCCAGUGGCUGUACUGCGCGGUUUGCUUACCCCGGGAGCAACUCCUCUCACUUUGUUCCCAUCUGAUCACAAUCGGCCUCACCAUGGCUUCCGGUCACUCAGUGCUGAUGCGGCUGGUGGCCUCAUCCUAUUCGAUUGCACAGAAGGCUGGGGGGAUCGUCCGGCAGGUCAUUGCUGAGGGAGACCUGGGCAUUGUGGAGAAGACCAGCGCCGUGGAUUUGCAGACCAAGGCAGACCGCUUGGUUCAGAUGAGCAUAUGCUCCUCACUGGCACGCAAGUUUCCCAGACUGACCAUUAUUGGGGAAGAGGAUCUUCCUUCUCAAGAAGUGGACCAGGAGCUGAUUGAAGAUGGGCAGUGGGAGGAGAUACUGAAGCAGCCAUGCCCAGCCCAGUACAAGGCCAUCAGGGAGGAAGAUCUUGUGGUCUGGGUUGAUCCUCUAGAUGGUACCAAGGAAUAUACUGAAGGGCUCCUUGACAACGUCACUGUUCUUAUUGGAAUUGCUUAUGAAGGAAAGGCCAUAGCUGGAGUUAUCAACCAGCCCUAUUAUAACUAUCAGGCAGGCCCAGAUGCCGUGCUGGGGAGGACCAUCUGGGGAGUUUUGGGCUUAGGUGCCUUUGGGUUCCAGCUGAAAGAAGUGACCGCAGGGAAACACAUCAUCACGACCACCCGGUCCCAUUGCAACAAGCUAGUGACAGAGUGUGUUGCUGCCAUGAACCCUGAUGACGUGGUUCGCGUGGGUGGAGCAGGAAACAAGAUUAUUCAGCUAAUAGAAGGCAAAGCAUCUGCAUAUGUGUUUGCAAGUCCAGGCUGUAAGAAGUGGGAUACGUGUGCUCCUGAAGUAAUUUUACAUGCUGUAGGAGGCAAGUUAACUGAUAUCCACGGCAAUGCCCUUCAGUACAAUAAGGAAGUGAAGCACAUGAACUCGGCAGGUGUUCUGGCCUCCCUGAGGAAUUUUGACUACUAUGCUAGCCUUGUUCCAGAGUCUGUGAAAAAGGCACUUGUCCCCUAAAGGGAUGGCUCCUUCGCUUAGCACUUGGUUCUCAAAGCCACACCUUAUCAUAUGGAUGUAAUUAGUGGUCUGCCUUAAUCACAGUUACUGAGCAAUUCAGACUUUGUUAUUUGGGAGUGGAAAAAUGAUUUAGAGAGCUUAUUCUGACUAAUCACCUGCACCAUGUUGGCAUCUGGAGAAUUUGUGAAGUGCUGUGAUGUGUAUCUUUUUCUCCUCCUGUUGAUAAAAAUUCCAGUGGACUGUCCAGUUUUGCUCUGCAAUCAGCAUUCCUAUGUGAACACGUUCUUUAGGGCACAGAAACACAAGUUGUAACUUGAAUUAUACUGUUUUUCAUAGUAAUUUUUAAAGUUUUCCUAUUCCAAUGACUAAAAAUGUCAUGUUGAUGAAAAUACAUUUAUGGGUAGUCUCUUUAUAAUAAAUUAUUUAAUUCUGAAAAAAAAAACAUAAA